AAAUGUCAAUUGAACAUGAGUAAGAGAGACUAUUCGAGGGAAAACAAGCCGGAGGAGCUAGAGUUACCAUUGUUCGCUUUCAACGCGAUUGCUUUGGCAACCAAGAACUUCAGCGACGAAAACAAGCUUGGGCAAGGCGGUUUUGGCUGUGUUUACGAGUGUAGGAUUGAAGAAGGCCCAGUAGUGGCGGUCAAAAGGCUCUCGAAGAAUUCCGGGCAGGGAAUGGAAGAAUUCAAGAACGAGGUUCAAUUGAUUGCUCGGCUUCAACACCGAAAUCUCGUGCGACUUAUCAGCUGCUAUGUCGAGAUGGACGAGAAGAUCCUAAUCUACGAGUACAUGGAGCAUAAGAGUCUGGAUUCGGUUCUAUUUAGUAAAACCAAGAGCUCCAUGUUAAAUUGGGAGCGGCGGUUUAACAUCAUUUGCGGGAUCGCUCGAGGUCUUCUUUAUCUUCAUCAGGACUCCAGAUUCAGAAUCAUACAUAGGGAUCUCAAAGCAAGCAACAUCUUGCUCGACGGGGAAUUGAACCGCAAAAUCUCGGACUUUGGCAUGGCUAGGAUUUUUGGUAGAGAUCAGGUCGAGGUGAAUACGAAGAGAGUUGUUGGCACAUAUGGGUACAUGGUCCCAGAAUAUGCCAUGGACGGACAAUUUUCAGAGAAGUCUGAUGUGUUCAGCUUUGGCGUGUUGGUCUUGGAGAUUAUAAGUGGUAAAAAGAACAGGGGAUUCUAUUAUGCGAACAACGAACUGAACCUUCUUGGACAUUCAUGGAAGUUGUGGAAAGAAGGGAAGGGCUUGGAGCUACUGGAUUCAGCAGUGGGAGAUGCAUACUCGAUGAAUGAAGUACUGAGAUGCAUCCAGGUCGGCCUUUUGUGCGUCCAAGAGCAUGCAGAUGAUAGGCCGGUCAUGUCGUCUGUGGUCUUGAUGCUGAGCAGCGAAAACCCAACGAUGCCACACCCUAAAAAUCCCGGCUUUUGCUUAGGAAGGGCUAUAGAGACGGAUUCAUCAUCAAACAAGCAUGACAGGACAUGCACUGUGAACCAAGUUACAGUCACAAUGCUUGAUGCCAGAUAGAGAUCAUUGUCAUACCCCGAUCCAAUACAUUUGUACAUCUGAAACUCCAGAGAUUUCUGUUCAUAUAUAUGUUUUCUCAGUCCUUCCUUCUGCUCAAUUUUUUAUUUUAUUUU